UGACAUUUUAUUUAAAAAUCUCAACUUUUAUGCCCUUAAUUAAACACUAAUUCUUGGACAAACCAAACAUAUGAUAAGAUGAUAUCAUCUAAUCUAAUCUAAUUCUAUCCAAAAUCUUAUAUCAUCUUAUCCUACCUAUGAUCUCAUAAUCUUGUGAAUCAAAAACACGCAAAGAAUCCAAUGUAUCAAGAGAAAUGUAAGGGUGUGUUAGUUAUGUUCAAGCAAAGAAAACACACCACCAUCCUUCUCGGUGAAGUAAUUCUUUUGUUGCAUGAAAAAACUAGGUCGACGUAAAUUGCGGAUGACCAAUAAUCUUUAUCUUUUGCUAUAUUUGGAAAGACAUAGUCUUCUCUCGAUCCACAGUCCUAGCACUCUAGCAGAAUUAAGCUUACCUAACAACUAUAUUAAUGUCUUUACCAGCUAAUCAUUCAGUCACAUAUACAUCUUACAUUUCUAAGCACUGAAUUCAACAAGAUCACGAAAGUUUUAAAUCUUUUUUUUUUUCUUAAAUUUCUUUCUCCAGCUGGGGUUGUUAGUUUCUCUUCCAGAGCUGUAAGAUGGUCACCACGGAGACUACCAGAACCAUCGUAGGGAUCAUCGGAAAUGUCAUUUCCUUUUUCCUGUUUCUCUCCCCCGUGCCAACAUUUGCUAAAAUAUGGAAAGCUAAAUCAGUGCAAGAAUUCAAGCCUGAUCCUUAUGUAGCAACCGUGCUGAACUGCAUGAUGUGGGUUUUCUAUGGUCUCCCCAUUGUCCACCCUGACAGCGUUUUGAUCAUUACUAUCAAUGGCAUUGGUCUUUUCAUAGAGUUAACCUAUGUUUCCAUCUUCUUAAUCUACUCUCCGGGCCAGAAGCGCCGGAGGAUUGUCAUAUAUCUUCUAAUCGAAGUCAUCUUCAUGGCAAUUGUAAUUUUCAUUACCUUAUUUGUCUUCCACACCACCAAAAACAGGUCUAUGUUUGUCGGAAUAUUGGCCAUUAUCUUCAACGUAGGAAUGUAUACUUCACCAUUGACUGUCAUGCAUAUGGUGAUCAGGACAAGAAGUGUUAAGUACAUGCCAUUCACUCUCUCACUUUUUAACUUCUUCAAUGGAGUUAUUUGGGUGAUUUAUGCAUCACUCAAAUUUGAUCCUUAUGUCUUGGCUCCAAAUGGCUUGGGAAGCCUGUCAGGCCUGGUGCAGCUCCUGCUUUAUGCAUACUUCUACAGGACUACACAAUGGGACGAAGAUGAUAAACCACCUCAAAAAGUCCAACUUUCCGAGAUUUGACCACUCCAUCAAGUUUUUGAUUUUUUGGUCUUAGUCUUGGCUAUUCUUCUCCUUUUAGUAGAUUCAUUUCUUGGUGAGCAGCUUUUUAGAUUUGCGCAGACAGGUUCAUACAGAUACGAGCAUCUGUAUGGUAAACAUUUCUGUUUCAACUUUUGUUGCAAUAAAUGUUGGUCGAUCUUGUUUUUGGGUGUUUGAGAUGAAUCUUUUUGUUCCAAGUUUUCUACUUCCUUGGGCUUCAAACAAAUAGGCAACAUACAUUAGAGUAUUGAACUCUUUAAGUUCAAGGAUCAAGAUUCAAAAUUUGACGAUCUUAAAUAUAAAAAAGAAUAAGCAUAAUAACCAGAGUUCAAAUCCUAAUAGCUAUAAAAUAAUAA